GCAAAGUUUCUCAUCAAUUGGUCCCGUGGAAAACCGACUUCUGCGUAGCGCAAGAUCGGGACCGGGUACCUAGUUGGCAUCUGUCGAUUGGCUUUACCAUGCAGCAGCUUUCAAGGGGACUUUGGGUCAGAGCUACGGCUCUGAUGCUCAGUCGAACGACCCGCAAUGCCGACAGGAACACAUUGUCACUUGCCACGACUCUUCUUCACCAGCGGUCGCGACCCAUCACCAACGCGACCAAACCAGACUUCGUGCCCUCCCUCCUCUCAGUCCCUCGUGUCUCCUCAAAGCCAGGUGGCUGGCAUCCUACCUUGAUCCACUCUUCCGGAGAAGUGAAAUUCACCGUCAUCAGACUCGCUCCCAACGGCGGCGAAGUUCCCAUCCACAAACACUCGCACGUCUGGGACUACUUCAUGCCGCUUUCUGGCGAAGCAGUAAUCGAAACGAGGACCAAAGAUGGCGUAAAGCAGGAUUUUGAGAUGAAGCCGGGAAGUUUCUUGGCCGUGGGGCCAGAAGACGUCCAUCGUGUUGUGAACAAGAGUGAAAAGGAGGAGUUCGUGUUCUUCAUUGCGCAGAGUCCGAGGGCGAAGUAUGAUUUCGUUGCGGAUGAUGGUACUGGAGGAGAGCAAGACUCUUGA